AUGCGGCUCCUCCUGCCCCCCGUGGGCUUGAUCGCUGCCGCCCUCACCAUCUCUCCUGUCCGCUUUGACAGGGAGAAGGUGUUCUGAGUGAAGCCCCAGGAUGAAGAACAAGCGAACAUCAUAAAGGACUUGGCCAAAACCAACAAGCUUGACUUCUGGUAUCCAGAUGCCACCCACCACGUAGCUGCUAACAUGACGGUGGAUUUCCGAGUUGGUGAAAAGGAAUCCCAAGCCAUCCAGUCUGCCUUGGACCAAAAUAAAAUGCACUAUAAAAUCUUGAUUCAUGAUCUACAAGAAGAGGUUGAUAAGCAGUUUGAUGUUAAAGAAGAUAUCCCAGGCAGGCACAGCUAUGCAAAAUACAAUACCUGGGACAAGAUUGUUGCUUAGACUGAAAAAAUGGUGCAUAAGCGUCCUGAAAUGGUUUCUCAUAUUAAAAUUGGAACUACUGCUGAAGAUAACCCACUAUAUGUUCUCAAGAUUGGGAAAAAGGAUGAAAGAAGGAAGGCUAUUUUUAUGGAUUGUGGCAUUCAUGCACGAGAAUGGAUCUCCCCAGCCUUCUGCCAGUGGUCUGUCUAUCAGGCAACCAAAACUUAUGGAAAAAACAAAAUUAUGACCAAACUCUUGGACCGAAUGAAUUUUUAUGUUCUUCCCAUGUUCAACGUUGAUGGAUAUAUUUGGUCAUGGACACAGAUACUGCUCUUCCUGCAGAACCGCAUGUGGAGAAAAAAUCGUUCCAAGAACCAGGACUCCCAAUGCAUCGGCACUGACCUCAACAGGAACUUUGAUGUCUCAUGGAACUCUCCUCCUAACACCAAGGACCCACGUGCAGAUACCUAUCGGGGCCCUGCACCAGAGUCCGAGAGAGAAACCAAAGCUGCCACUGACUUCAUCCGAUGCCACCUGAAAUCAAUCGAGGCCUACAUCACAUUCCAUUCCUACUCCCAGAUGCUACUGUUUCCCUUUGGAUAUAUGUCAGAACUGCCACCUAACCAUGAGGACCUGGUCAAAGUUGCAAAGAUUGGCACCAAUGUUCUAUCAACUCGAUAUGAAACCCACUACAUCUAUGGCACAAUAGCAUCAACAAUUUACCCGACAUCAGGCUCUUCUCUAGACUGGGCUUACAUCCUGGGCAUCAAACACACAUUUGCCUUUGAGCUCCGAGAGAAAGGCAAAUUUGGUUUUCUCCUUGCAGAAUCUCGGAUAAAGUCAACGUGUAAAGAGACCAUGCUAGCUGUCAAAUUUAUUGCCAAGUAUAUCCUCAAGCACACUUCCUAA